GAGACCCCGGGUUUCGGGAAGUCCGUCGCUUUCUGAUGAAUUCACUGACUGUGGAAUUGGGCCCCGACGGGCAUCUGGUCCCUGGAGACUUAUACUUACACGCUAACCCCCUCCUCAGGUGGUCUGACAGUUCGUCAGAUUUGUCUGCCACGUGUGCAUAGUCUGAGUACAGGAAGUUGAAUUAGUUCUUAAUAAUGGGAAGAACCUACAUUGUAGAAGAGACUGUUGGCCAGUAUCUUUCAAACAUCAAUCUCCAGGAAAAAGCUUUUGUCUCUGGUCUUUUAAUAGGACAGUGUUCCUCACAAAAGGAUUAUGUGAUUCUUGCCACGAGAACACCACCCAGAGAAGAACAGAAUGAGAGCCCCAAAGAUUCCAAAGCCAAAUUGGAUAACUUGGAUGAAGAAUGGGCCACAGAACAUGCCCACCAGGUAUCCAGGAUGCUACCCGGGGGACUUUUAGUUCUUGGAGUAUUUAUUAUUACAGCUUUAGAAAUGGGAAGUGAAUUUCAAAAUACCCUGCGUAGACUAGUAUUUGCUGUGGAAAAAUCUGUGAAUAAAAAGAGACUCUGGAAUUUCACAGAAGAGGAUGUCUCGGAACGAGUUAUACUUCACUUUUGCUCUUCUACAAAAAAAAUAUUUUGUCGAACUUAUGAUAUUCAUGAUCCAAAGAGUUCUGCAAAACCGGCAGAUUGGAAGUAUCAAAAUGGACUAUCAGCUUCAUGGCUUUCCUUAGAGGGUACAGUUUAUGUUAAUAUUCACGUCCCGCUGUCUACUACUUCUGCCAGCUAUACUCUGGAGAAAAAUACAAAGAAUGGACUUGCACGCUGGGCCAAGCAGAUAGAAAAUGGUAUUUAUUUGAUUAAUGGGCAAGUUAAAGAUGAAGAUUGUGACCUAUUAGAAGGACAGAAAAAAUCUUCUAGAGGAAAUACUCAAGCAGCUAAUCAUUCAUUUGAUAUUAGAGUGCUAACACAGUUGCUUCUGAAUUCAGACCACAGAUCCACAGCCAUGGUCCAGAUCUGCAGCGGCUCUGUAAACCUUAAGGGUGCUGUGAAAUGCAGAGCUUAUAUUCAUAGUAAUAAGCCCAAGGUUAAAGAUGCUGUGCAGGCCAUGAAAAGAGAUAUAUUGAAUACAGUUGCUGAUCGUUGUGAAAUACUAUUUGAGGAUCUGCUUUUGAAUGAAAUUCCAGAAAAAAAAGAUUCUGAAAAAGAGUUCCACAUUCUCCCUCACCGAGUUUUUGUCCCCAUUCCGGGAUCCACUGUAAUGUUAUGUGAUUAUAAAUUUGGUGAUGAGUCAGCUGAAGAAAUAAGAGACCAUUUUUUAGAGAUGUUAGAUCGUAUGAUUCAAAUAGAAGAUUUGGAAAUUGCAGAGGAAAUAAACACAGCCUGUAUAAGUUCCUCUAUGGAUACUGAAGCUUCAUUGGACAACACAGAUGAUGAACAACCAAAACAGCCAAUUAAAACUACAAUAGUGUUGAAAAUUCAGCAAAACAUAGGUGUGAUUGCAGCAUUUGCAGUUGCAGCCCUUGCUGCGGGUAUCUCCUUUCACUACUUCAGUGAUUAGGUUGAGGCACAGAGAGCUUCCUGAUCAUCCAGAGAACAGUGACCAACAAUUAUGAAUCAUAAAGAUGCAAACAAGCCAUCUGCAUUUAAGACAACAGCAGCCAGAUCUGCCAGAUUCCUGUUAGGUCUGUUUCUGACUAAAAUGAAAUCACCAGCUGCCUUGUUUAGCCUUGCUUCUAUAAAUUAUAGGUGGCUCAGGCUUCCAAGAAUAAAGUUAUGCAUCUAGAUGUAAGUUGCAUAUAACAAAUUGUUAUUGUCUGUUUUUUAAAAUGUUCAAGAUAAUGGUUUGUUUUCAUAGAUUUUAGUUCUGUUGACCUGAACUACAUAUUGAUCAGGACAUUGAAAAUUUGAACUGUCAGGGCUGUCUGAGUAUCUUAGUAGUAGAAUCAUAAGAGAAAUUUCUACAAGAUGGGGCAACAGCUUAUUGGGUAAGUUCGUACUUUGUACACCCAGUUCCAAAAUACUGAUUGAGUUCCAAUUGAGAGGUAGGAAACCUCUCCAUACCUCUUUGAAUGAGCAAGGAUUGUCAUAAAUCAUGAGCUUUCUCAGGUUAUCAAAGGUAUAUCAGGUUAGUAUAUCAUAUAUUAAAUAAGACUUUUGCUUCCAAUAGUACUUUAGGUACUGCAGAACAACUAGAUCUUGAAUAAAAUCUCCUUUGAAUCCAUUAAUAGGCUCAAAGAAGGUAGGGGAAAUCUCUAAGAACCAUACCUCUGGUUUCUAUUUCCUGACGAAAUGAACACAUUUUGAUCUGUAAAUUGUGACAACUCCGUUAAGCCUAAAGUUUGGCAGUAGUUGCCUGGUUGGCAAAUACCAGUUGCAGCGUUGCCAUAUGCCAUUCUCCUCAGACUGGAAACAACGAGAUAAAUCUGAAUCUGAGAUGCCCCAUCCAGGACAACUGAAGUAGGCCUCAGUUUGCAAUACCCUAUAGUUCCUGGUAGAAACAAGAUGUAGGCCCAAGAUUCCCAUAGAUUAAGAUAAAACAGUAUUAUUUCAUGACUGGAGAUCACCAGCUACAAGUGGAAACUGGCUAUUAAUAGCAUGAGGAAGAACCCAUAGAAAUAAACUUUGGAUUCACUUUUCCAAGGUCUCGUCAUCAGCACACAUGAAGGAUGGAACCACAGGCAGAUCUGAAAAGAAAUGAAACUGCUAGAUAAGAAAUAUAUUACUUGCAAUUUAAAAAAAAGAUACGCAUGUUGAAUAUGGUAUUAACUCAGCUGAAUAGUCAAUAAAUAAACUGGAAGCUAGAUACAAAGAAAUUACCCAGUGUGCAGCAAGAAGAAAGAAGGUGCCAGAAAAUUAAGGAGAAGGAAUUAAAAAAUUAUUAAGAAUUAUCAAUUUAAUUUAAUAUUAAAUUAGAGAUGUGGAAGGAAAAAUUAUGAAGGCUAGAAGUACCAGCAGGAGAGAAUAGAGAAGAUGAAGUGGCAAUAUUUGAAGAAGUAACAAUUUUCAACAUUGGUUGGAAAAACACAAAUUCAUAAAUUCAGGAAGCACAGUAUAUCCCAAGUGUAUAUAGAUGAAAUCUAAGCCUAAAUUCAAUGUAUGAUAACUGUGAGAUACCAAACAAAAGAUUAUUAAAGCAGUCAAAGUGAGGAAAACAUCAUCGGUGAAGGCACGACAGAACUUCAGAAGGCUUCUUGAUAGCAACAGGGACUCCAAAGAUGGUAGAAUAGUGGCUGCAAAAUUCUGAGAAAAAAA